AUGCCUGGCAUACUACCGAUGAAGAUGAUUCGGGUGGGCAGUGCUGCGCAAAGUCGCAUUGCCCAGGCCUGUGAUAGAUGCCGAAGCAAGAAGAUUAGAUGUGAUGGUGUACGACCGACAUGUACUCAAUGUUCCAAUGUCGGCUUCGAAUGCAAAACCAGCGACAAACUGAGCCGGAGAGCCUUCCCACGUGGCUACACAGAGUCAUUGGAGGAUCGAGUAAGAGGGCUCGAAGCUGAGGUACGAGAGUUGAAGGACUUGUUGGACGAAAAGGACGAAAAAAUCGAUAUGCUUUCGAGAAUCCACAGCUUUUCACCCCCCUCAAGAAAAUGUUCCACCUCGCUUUCACCAGCACAUGCUGCACAAGUCAAGGCUGAAGUCGAAUCUUCUCGCGAAGAAGUUCUUUAUGUCGAAAUUCCUGCUCCUGUAUCACCAAGAGCCACCUCCACCGGGUCCUCAACAACACCCGCCUUUAUCCAAGCAUUUGACCAAAAAGUCCAAGAUGCCGGACGACAAGUCACUGGGCUUUCAUCAUCAGGCCUUCACAAGGCCAUUCAACCCACGAAACCGACCAUUAAUGCAAAAGUCCCCCCAAGGAUCCUGUCAGACCAAUAUAUCAAUCUCUUUUUCCAAGAGUGGCAGCCUCUACUACCAGUUCUCCAUCGCCCAACUUUCCUUAGAGUGUACGAACAAUAUCUAGCCCAUCCUGAGGCUGGAAAUUGGCAAAGCAACAAGCAGGCCUUAGCACAAUUGUUCCUCAUUUUCGAAAUCUCGGCCCUCUCAUCGAUGACGACGCCCAAGAAAAGCUGUCCGUCCUAUGAGAGCCAAUGGCGAAAGGCAUUAUACUCGACCUCUUCCAGCGCAUCCCUUGCGACGUUACAGUGUCAUGUACUGGCACAAAUAUGCUAUCUAUUGCGCGCCGAUUAUACCCAUCUUGCCCGCCAUCGAGGUAUUGCUGUAACCAUGUGCCACGAGCUGGGUCUUCAUCAAGACCAGAAGUACCAUAGUUUAUCAGUGCUAGAAGCUGAGACUAAGAAGAAAGUCUUCUGGUCGCAGUAUGCUCUGGAUAAAUUCACUUCUGCUGCCACUGGUACACCGAUGCUACUCCGCGAUGAUGAUAUUACCACAGAGUUUCCUGCUGAUGUCGACGACGAGAACCUCAGCUCACAGGGAUUCUCACCAACCCUUCCCGGCGAGCUGACCAAAAUCUCCAGUGCACUUUCCCUUUUCCGCGUAUCCAAAAUCAUGUCCAAAGCUCUUGAGGGUCUUUAUCCUGCGAAAUCCAGUUAUCAGCUGUCUCUCACUAAGCUACAUGCUUUGUCUGAUGAGCUUGACCAGUGGUCUGAAGAACUGCCUGAUCACCUUCGCCUGCGAUUCUGUAAUGAUAAACCUUCCACCAAUCUCAUCAGCUGCAGAUCACCUUUGUUGUCCAUUGCCUACUUUUAUACCAGAAACUUGAUUCAUCGACCACUGCUCUGCCAUGGGUCAGGAAGCGCUGCAUCAGCUGCUGGCAUCGUCCUUGCGGCUGCUGGGAAGCACAUCCUGCAGAUUCUAGAUUUACUUGUUGAGAGGCGCAUGAAUUACACCUUCCCAAUGAACAAGACCGACCUACUACUGAACUCUGGAUUCUCCAUCAUGUGGCAAUCGCUCGACCUGGAGGAUGACAGCAAGCUCGUCAAAGAUAACCAAAAGUCAUUGACACUACUUUUGACCCUGUUGAACACUGAAAAUCAGGCUGCAGCUUUUGAAUUGCGAAAAAUGGCUCAGUGUUUGGUAACCAUAGAAGGACACCCGGCUCCAUCACCAGCACUUUCCCCCGCGACUUCAUCGCGCGCAAGCCCGGCAUCAAUGGCAGCUCCAAAUGAUGCAAAGUCGAAAUCUACCAGGAAGCAAUUGCAAGCAAUUGCAUCAAAAUGGUCAACUUUCAGCAACAAAGGUAAAGCCGAAGACGUCCCAAGACGAGCAACUGUUCCGCAGACCAAUUCGGCUGCCAGAAGCCCUGCACAUCGCGCCAGCAGCACAGUGAGCUUGUCAUCUACCAGAUCAGCUCCAGUGCUACCAGUGAAUACUGCUGAUCCAACCCAAUUGUCGGCCACCAACUCCAUCGACACUUCGGCGAUUAAUCUCGACUACAUGCCUCUUGGCGACGAAUUCGGGAAUUCGCACACGAGAACCUCUUCCAGCACCAUGCUUCCUCCUCGCAAGCAACAGACACCAAAUCUGACGGAUGCCAGCUGGGAUCAGCUCCUCAACAAUUUCGACGGUAGUCAGAACGCCUUGUAUUCUGAUAUGAAUAUUGGUGGGCAGACGUUGUAUCAACCGACUAGCAAUGAUUGGGUCCCAGAUGCCUGGCAUCUCUCACCCAUGGAUUUUAACUCCAAGGUCAAUGUGCCACAAAGCCUACUCAGCUUCUCGGAAGAAUCGCUUACCAGUGGCGACGAUUUUUUAUUCUCGGCGCCACCCAGUAACAACGGAUCUACGGCACCGGGCGAAAAUUUCGACAUCGCGGACAGAUAUCGAGGGAUCACGAUCCCGGUCGACGACGAAUUUGACUUUCACGAGGUUGAGGCAUGA